AUGGCAGCGCCUGCAUCAGCUCGCAAGGAUGGCUCGAUUGCUGUGGCUAAUGUAUCUGGAUUACCAGCUCGUGUAUCUCUAUUGCAGCGUGGUCAGAAUCGAGAGCAGUAUCUGAAAACCAAGGUCAAAGCCACUAAACCUGUUGGAAAUCGAAAUUUAAUUCGACGUGCUACUUCGCGAGCGACGGCAUUCACUAGAUCAGCGAAGAACAUGCUCUCAGCCGAUGACGACCAUCUAGAUAGCCUACUAACAGCGGUCUCCGAGUCGAUUAAUGCUCCUGAAAAUCUUUCACAAGGCCAACAGAACGCACUGGUGCUUCAAGCUGUACUUGGCCUUUGGACAAACCGCCACCAAGCGCGAGGAUUUCGUCGAUGGAAAGAGAGUACACUGAAUCGAGUGGACUUGCAAGCUCUGAUCGACGCGGGUGUCGAUGUACACGAAGAAGCUCGACAAUUACUACUUUCAGCUGAGACUAAGAGGCGAUUGCUAGCUAACCAACACCGAGUUUCUAACGACGAUGACAAGUGGAUGGCAGCCAGUUUUUCCUACGCCGAGUUGGAUCUAUUACUUGCAUGGGUUCGACACACGCAGCCCAAAACGUGUCGAGGGGUAGACGACAAAACAAUGCGCGAAGUUCUCCGAUACUUGCGCUUCAGUCAGUAUCAAGAGGGUGAAGCGAUCUUCUUCCAAGGUGAUAAAGGCGAUGUAUUUUACCUUGUCCUACAAGGCACUGUCGGCAUUUAUGGUGCGAAACGUACGCAGCCAGACAAAAAGCGUCGAGGUGACAGUGCUGCCAGUAAACGUAGAAGUGUCAGUACUCGUGAAAAGCCCGACAUGAACUUGAUGGGUCCGAGGAUCUUCGCAUACCGUGCCGGUGAAAGUUUCGGCGAGACUGCGAUGUUCACGAACGCCGCUGUGCGUACAGCUACUGCAAUUGCGUUCGGUGACACGACUUCAGGUUCCGGUACGGGAUCUGUCUGUGAACUUUGCGAGUUGUCACGAGCUGUGUACUCCCGUACACUGAAAAGAUUCCACCAACAUUCUUUCAUGCAAGCCCAACGGGUGAACUUCGCUCAGCGAGUAUUUCUCUUCCGAGACUGGCCGAGACCUCGAGUCGUAGAGUUAGCUGAGGUGCUGGAGCUUCGUCGAAUCAGUUUUGGCGGAGUAUUGCUCACUGGAGGAGUCUCCCCACUCUCGCACUGCUUCUUCGUACUCAGCGGAAGUGUCAAGCUCACCACUCAAAUAGAGAUCAACUCGCAUUCGGAUCCAUCCAAGAGCACAGUCUUGAAGAAGGCACAACGUCGAGCUCAGGUUAUUAUCGAACUUCACACUGUUCAGGUCGGCGAAAUCGUCGCACUAGAAGCUUUACUUGAAGAGGACGACUCUGCUCGGGUCACGUACACGGCAGUAGGCGGUUCAGCGGAUGUCGAAGUGUACGCAUUAAAGCGUACAGAUGGCCGAGCCUUCCUUGCCAGUAGCACAACAAAUAGUAUGCACCAGAUUCAGGCCAUUUGCACGUCCGAACGUGUUCAUCGUGAACAACGUAUCAACGUUGCACGGAAAGCUCUUAGAGCUCACGAAACCAUCAACAAACAGCAUCGUUUAGAUCUGGAAACUGAGGCCUUGGAGCUCGGACUUUCAGAGAAACAGCAGCAGCAACGACAAAAGCAACAGGAACUGGAAGAACUCAAUCAACCGAACCCGCGAGGCCCAGUCGGACUACGUCCGUUCUUGCCUCAUUUAGACCCAAUGAAGCUACUCGACGAGACCAAAAGACCAGAUACUGAACCUCGAGGGUUAAACCGAGAGAUCGAGAUCGAUACGUCGCUAGGUGAAGUGGCGGUGCCACCGAAAAUGCUGUCAACUCUGGUGAAAAACUUCGUCGUUCGUGACUGGGACACGCUCUCAGAGGACUAUGCUCAACGGUUGACUCUUAAGCUUCCUGUACGCAGUCCUCUCUCUCCACUUGUAAACCGUGCGCCUCUUUCCUUGACUUGCAGAUACGACGCAAAGGUAUCGACACCUACGCACACUGCUCGACGAAGUCACGUACCAGCUACCAUCUCAGCGAGAAUCAGUGACGAACGAUUCACACACGACUCGCACAUGCGGCAGCUCAGCAUGAAUUACGACGCCAAGAUGCAUUGGGAUCCGAACAAGAAGACUUUGGUGCUGCUAUCAGCGAAUAAACCCACACAGCCACAGCAGAAACGCGCGUUCGGGAGCUUCAACGUGAUUGCCAAUGAUCACCAAACGGCACGGAAAUUGCCAGAUACACUCGUCGAAUGA